GGCAACCGAUUUGGGUCCACGCGCCCAGGACGGGACGUGCCGCUUCGCCAUGCUAAGCCGCGUUGACGACACGCGCGUGUUCGAGAAUUCCGAGGACGUGGUCAUCCGAUCCUCCAGUCGCCGCAUCUCGCGUCAGCAGCAGCUCAACGGCGCGCAGCAUCAGCCGCGCAAUCGCGACACAGACGAGAUCGAAGAGGACGAACAACUGCACCCGCAACAUCCCUAUCGCAUGCGCAAGCGCGUAUUGCAGCAGGAAUACAAAGAUUUCCACCAUUUAGGACAUGUCGGCGAUCAGAUUCUUGUGCCACAAAGAAAACGGGAGAAUAACAGACCCAUGGAGUUCGUUUUCCUGUCUUCGGGCGAGAUCAGAGCCAGGGAAGACUGCCCACCAGGCUUGGAACUGCCCAAACUACAGCAGAAUCAUGACGCAAACUUCGACAAAAGACUGGAGUAUCAAACUGACGGAUAUUCGAGUGAGGAGGAAGAAGACAUGGAAUAUCAGAGCCUGAACAGCACGCGUAAACCUGCGAUGAAGGCGUCUAGACAACAUAUUCGAAGGCAGCCUAUUGGUCGACAACGUGACGAGCGGUUUGAUUCAUCGUCAUCUUCAUCAAGGCAAUCAGAGUCGUCCGUGUCGGAAGAUGCGGAUGUAUCGUCAGAUGACGACGCAUCGAUUGCAUCCAAGGUGUCUGAGGAGAUUGAACAGCGUCUAAAGAAACUCCAAGUGCACAGUAGACGACAAGCACGUAGCGUCGAAAGCCACGGCAACACUCACGAGCGGCGUUCCGGCGCCAAGGCAGCAAGAAAUCGUGUUAGAAGGACGCCAAGCCAUUCAUUGAAACUAGACCACCUCCGCACCGAUGGAAGGUCGGACUAUGCCAAUGAUAAAUUUCGCUCUCACCGCUCAGCAUCCAGUCGUGAAGAGAAGUCUCCAUGUAGCGACGCUACUCGAGACUCUAAGCAGCGCCCAACACCUUUGCAGCAGCUAUCCCCAGUGUCACAAGCAGAGGAUACAAACGAUGUACCCACUCGUCGACCUAGGCGCUCUCCAAAGAUGGAAGUGAGUCAUUUGGAUUCAAAUGAGAAGGACAAACCCACAGCUAGCGCGAGGAGAGAGGAGAAGAUGGUUGAUCGAUUGGAAUCGGAGUUACAGAAGGAGAAGAAGCGAGUGUUGGAGAAGAUGACUCAGUUGCUAGACGAACAGGGCAAAAACCAGCAGCUUCGUGACCGAAUUGAAGCGUUGGAGGCACAGCUAACAGCGAAAGACAGCGAUUUCAGUACGAAGCUUCGAGAAGUGGAGCGUGCACACGAAGAACAGGUCCAGUCAACCGAGAAGAAACAAGCUGAUCGUAUAAACGCACAAGAGGAACAAGUUCGUGUACAAGAAGCCACUAUUGCUCGUUUAAAACAAGACAAGGACCAGCUUAAAGCGGCUAUCAAACAACUCAAGAAGACGUCGAGUAACCCGUCUAAUGGCCAGUGUAUGGAUAACAGCGAAGCGAAGAAUUUAAAGUCAGAACUUGACGAAAUGACUCGACUUCUCCAAGACUUUUUGGCGAAACUGGAGCGCUGGAAGGAGAAUACGAAGAAAGAGCUGCAAAGUUGCAAAGAUAUAAGCGAUCUACCUGCUUUACUCGAGCAGAAAUGGCAGGAUUUUCCGCAGUUCUCGGGAAUAUCAACAAGAUCACACAAGGAAGCCACGAGCUCUUUAUCUGAACAACAAUCGACACCCGGAACGGAGGAGCAAGAUGCUGUUCUCUUCUUGAAAAAGAGAUUGCGUCAGCGUGAAGAAGAACUGCGCCAGACUCACGUCAAAUUCGGCGAGUUGAAGGAGAUCUGUGCCCGACAAUGUGUUCGCGAGGCUGACCUGCAGAACUUUAUCAACGAGCAUCGUUUGCGUGGUAACCUCAUUAUUCGCAAGACCAGUGAUACCAAACAAAACGAGACUAAUAACCAAGAACCUGUACAAGAUGAUCAAGACGAACGACGCAGUGCCAAGCUGAAGAUGAUUUCGAGUCGAGGAACGAACACACCGGCGAUUUAUAACGAAGACGAAGAUUUUGUUAAUGACGAAUAUUCGGACAACCAGCAAGAUAACGACUAUGGAGAAGAGUAUGAGUACCCAGUGCGAGCACCCACGGUGUUCGUUCAAGUUGGUCGCGACGGUGUGUAUGAGCAUGCGUCGUCUACAGACUCGGCGGUGGCGCAGAAGCUCGCGGCUGAUAGAAAGCAAGGAAAGAGGAAGAAACAGCAGCGAGUUGAGCGUAUUCGCUUGGUACCGUCACCGAGUCUGGCUCAGAAAUACGAACGAGUACCCACACCGACUACGACGGCACGGAGGAAGAAAUCUGCUCAGUCGUUGCAGUCGUCUGCGUCACGACCUCAUCCAGUCAUGCUCGGUGAGUGUCCGCCUGGAUGCGGAAGUCGCCCUUCCUUCAUGAACAGGAAAUCGCCAACUACAGCACGAGCUAAAACAGCCAAGAGAUCGGUAGCUACAUCCACAUCCAGAGGAGCUGUCGGGGUUGUUCGCCCUUGGAUGUAACCUGCUAAGAAAAUCGGGUUUUGAUUUUUUUUUACGUGACAUAAAUUACAGGGUAAUUUAAUGUUUAGGCGAAGUUUCGCGGCAUGGUGUCGUCGCCAUGCAAUGCCACCAAGCGGUCGUAGGCUUCGGCAGCGUCUUUCGGCGUCCAGAAGUCUCCACCCACGAUCGUGUGGCCGCCCACCUCGAGCUCGGCGCUGUAUUUCUUAAUCUUGGUAGCGUUGAAGCGUACGCCCAGGAAUUCGUUCGCUGCUUCGUUCUCCGUCUCAGCCACAUGCGCGUCCUCCACCCUGCAGCUCUUGGUAAUAGCGGGUAGCGCUGACGUCUGUAGUGUACGUGUCAGUCGGACUAGAGGCGCCUGAAAUGCGCGGCGCACCAAUAGCGAAUUCAUACUGUGUGCUGGUG